AACGCUUUCUCGCGUCUCUCCUGCGUCGUUGUUCAUCACCUUUGCACCUCUGCAUGCUCACUCUUCCUCAUUCUGCCUCAUUGCGAGGACUGAAGUGUUCUGCAGGCUGGCUGACUUGGUGACUUUGUUUUCGGCCCGCCCUCGCCUCGGAGAAACGAAGAGCUCCGGCCACCGCAUCAUCGCCGACAAACUGAUCCCUCCAUCCCCAGCCUGUCUCUCUCGUGUGUCUACUAUCCUCCCAAUUCUGCUUUCCCCCAUCCUACACCGUCCCUCGCUUGAGUCCUCCCCACUACAGCUCAUAUCUCAGUGGCAUCAGUGCUGUCACUUGCAACUCUUUCUGUACCUCUUCGCGAAACUGUCGAGCUGAGCUCCGGUGACCAAAGCAGACCCACCUCUCCAAACACGGCCCUGUCAGCACCCCAGAAGCAAUCACCACCAUGCGAAUACCAUCCAGCCUCUCCUCUACCCUCCUCUCCUCUGCUCUCGUCCUUCCAACAUUUGUGUCUGCUGUAGGCAACUUCAACUGCAAGGAUAUCGUUGUCGAUAAAGUCAAGUACGAUCUCAGCGCCCUCGGCGGCGUACACACCCUCUACAACGUCGUCGAAAACCCCGAGGAGUCGGUCACAGUCAACACGACGUAUGUAGUCAACAUCUGUAAUAUCCUGGGCAAGGCCGCCCACCGAGGGCGCUUAAAUUGCGGCACCUCCAAGAAAAUCUGCGGCUUCGAAUACAGAACCCACACCAACAGCACCGUCGAGACCGACCAGGGCUUCCCCAUCGCCGGCCUCGACCCCAUGGGCCACGGCAGCCCCGACGCCGAGAUCUCCCGCCUGAAGCAAUCCGACUCCGAGCGCGAGGGCCUGCUCCUCAAGAUGAGCGGCGGCUCCUACGAAGACUCCGCCGGCAAGAAACACACCGCCAAGGCCGUGAUCGAGUUCCAAUGCGACCCCGACCGGUCAGGCCUAGAAGGUCUCCGCACCGCGGACGAGGCGCAGAUGCGGGCCCGUGACGAGAGCGGCGACAACGACAACACGCCCAACCCCCCGCAAGACGAUUCCGGGAGUGGUAGUGGCAACAGCGGCAGUAGUCUUCGCUUCAAGAGCUUCGGGCCCGUGGACGAUGACGCCUACGUGCUGCGUCUGGAUUGGACGACCCGCUACGCGUGCGACAAGUACCUGGAAGGGAACCGGGGGGAUUCGUCCAGUCAUUGGGGGUUUUUCACUUGGUUGAUUAUUCUUCUCUUCCUUUGCAUCGCCGCCUACUUGAUCUUUGGAUCUUGGCUCAAUUAUAAUCGCUACGGAGCCCGCGGGUGGGAUCUCCUUCCCCACGGGGACACGCUGCGCGAUGUUCCUUAUCUCUUUCAGGAUUGGGUGCGUCGCGUGGUCAAUACCCUGCAAGGGUCCGGGUCGCGGGGCGGCUAUAGUGCGGUUUAGACGGGGUUUUGUUAUGAAUAUGUAUGUACUAUGGGUGUUUUCUUUCGUGAGGGAACGAGAGAGGAAGGGCUCAGCAGAUCUAUUACCUGCUAGCUACUGGUUGUUGCCGACGCUCAGGGUUGAUGGUUGAUGUCGGACUAGACCUAGGAGCCUGGGGAGUAUACCUCUGCGUGGGUGGUAUUCCUGCAUGGAUGGUUCGGUAAUCACGGAGAAUUGGGGGAUUUGUUUGAAUUAUGAUACAGAUGAUUGCUUUUUUUUUUUUCGGUCUGGAAGGUAUUUAUUUCUGCUUGAGUUCGCGGUGAUGAUUAGUAGAGGGUUACGGUACGGAGUACGGAGGAGCAUGGGAUGAAUGCGAGUAUUUGCGGCCGACUCAACAACCGACUGCACACUGCAUUUAAGACUGUUAUUGGCGGUACAAUACCAGAAAAAGAAUUUAGUAGAGUCAAUUUCCCUGUUCCACAUCUUCUGUGAUCAACUUAGGCAACAGCUGAAAC